AUGACAUAUGCUACAUCCAAUCAACUCCGUAGUAUUGAGAGCAGGAUUCUGAGUCUUUCAGAAACGUUGGAAGGAUCAACUUCUAAAAAUGGAGGCGGGAUAUCGAUCAGUGGUGGUACUGCUGCUAAUACUUACAAGGCAUCUGCUACAUCAACCCGUCCACCACCGCCACCUCCUCCGCACAACUUCACGACACAGCCGCUGAGAAACCCUCUUUCGAGACUUCAAAUAAAUAGUUUGAACACUGCGAUAACAUCGUAUAAACUGGCAACAUCAGCUUCCACCAAUACACUUUCUACCUCCAUUGAUCUGCCUACAAGAAGACAAACAAGUAAACGUCCCCCAACUAGAAUAGAAGUGAAAAGAAUAAGUCUUCUUCCAUCUAGGAAGUCCACAACAUCCGCAUCGAUAUACAAAAAGAAAAAAUCUGCUACUGGUGAAAACACGCGUCAAAGUAGUUCAUCAUCUACACAUUCUUCAACAAAUUCAUCUACAACACCUCCUCAUUUAACGUCUUCAUUAUCCACUUCUGUAUAUAACCCAUUGAAGGGAAUCUCAUCUAAAAAUUAUUCCCUUUCUGAUUUUGAAAUUGGGAAAACCUUGGGAAAGGGUAAAUUAGGUAAAGUUUAUUGUGCAAGAGAAAAGAAUACUGGAUUUGUAUGUGCACUUAAAGUUAUGUCUAAAAAGGAUAUAAUUGACUUUAAAAUUGAAAAAAAUUUUAGAAGAGAAGUUGAGAUUCAAUCCCAAUUAAGACAUAAACUGAUAUCUCGAUUAUAUGGAUAUUUUUAUGAUUCAGAAAAUGUUUAUUUAAUUCUUGAAUAUGCCAUAUAUGGAGAAUUGUAUCAACAUUUGAAAACUCAAAGAAGGUUCAAUGAUGUGACUGCAUCUCAUUAUAUUUAUCAAAUGGCACAAGGAUUAUCUUAUUUACACCUGAAACAUAUCAUUCAUAGAGAUAUUAAACCAGAAAAUAUUUUAUUAAGUUUUAAUAAUACCAUUAAAAUCAGUGAUUUUGGUUGGUCUGUUCGCCAUAGUCCUGGAACAUCUCAAAGAAGACUCACCAUGUGCGGUACUUUAGAUUAUCUCCCACCAGAAAUGAUUGAAUCAAAAGAUCACGACGUUGGAGUAGAUAUUUGGGCUCUUGGAGUCUUAUGUUUUGAACUUCUUGUGGGUAAACCACCAUUUGAAGAAAUUGAUAAAAAUGCAACUUAUAAGAGAAUUGCAAAAGUUGAUCUAAAGAUUCCAAGUUUUGUUAGCGUAGAAGCGGCUGAUUUAAUUCAGAUAUUACUUCAACAUAAUCCUAAAAAGAGAUUCCAAUUAAAUGAUAUUCCAAAUCAUCCAUGGAUCCAAAAAAAUAUGAAGUAUUGGCCAUCUUCAGUGAAUGAAUAA